AUGGCUCCUCCCAUGGAUAACACCACUCGAGGCGUGAUCCUUGGCCUCAAGAUGGCAGGCAAAGGUAACACCGAGAUUGCUGAGAUCAUCGGCAUGACUCCCAGUGCGGUCAGUAUGCUCUAUCUACGUGCCGUCAAGAAAGGCUAUGACCCGGAAAAGCGACCUUUAGGGGCCCUCGAUUCCUUUUUCGGGGGUGGAAGCACUCCUAAUACCCCUAAGAAACGAAAGACCCCCCCGCCGAAGAAGCGUUUGACUAAAGAAGCGGAGGAAACCACCGAGGAAAAAUUCGAGGGCAGCGAUGCCUAG